AUGUAUAAGAGUUUUCUCAAUAUAUUAGCUGUUUUUCAUAGAGAUGUUACUGAGCAACGUCUAUCAUUUCAAGAUCACCCUGUUCUAAAUGAUCGUUAUUUGUUAUUAACAUUAAUUGGAAAAGGAGGAUUUAGUGAAGUUCAUAAAGCAUUUUGUUUGAAAGAACAACGCUAUGUAGCUGUUAAAGUACAUCAGUUAAAUAAAGAAUGGAAAGAAGAGAAAAAAGCUAAUUAUAUCAAGCAUGCAUUGAGGGAGUGCGAUAUUCUCAAAACAUUAGAUCAUCCACGAAUUGUCCGUUUAUUUGAUGUCUUCGAAAUUGAUACUGAUUCUUUUUGUACUGUACUCGAAUAUAUCGAAGGAAACGAUAUUGAUUUUUUCUUAAAACAACAUAAACUAAUACCAGAAAAAGAAGCACGUUCAAUAAUGAUGCAAACCGUUAGUGCAUUACGAUAUUUGAAUACGGACAUAAAACCACCUGUGAUACAUUACGAUCUGAAGCCAGCAAAUAUUUUGCUUGGAACUGGCACCAGUAGUGGUGAAAUCAAAAUAACAGAUUUUGGACUUAGUAAACAGAUGACUGAAGACACGUAUGAUCCCGAACAUGGCAUGGAAUUAACAUCACAAGGUGCUGGAACAUACUGGUAUUUACCACCAGAAGUUUUUGUGACCAGUGGUCCUAAUCCACCCAAAAUAUCUUCGAAAGUUGAUGUGUGGAGUUUGGGUUGCAUAUUUUAUCAAUGUUUAUAUGGUAAAAAACCAUAUGGACAUAAUAUGUCACAAGCAGCAAUACUAGAACAUCAAACAAUUUUAAAUGCCAAAGAAGUUCAAUUUCCUGCUCGACCACAAGUAUCGAAUGAAGCAAAAUUAUUUAUUCGUCGUUGCCUUACGUAUAAUGCACGUGAUAGACCAGAUGUUAUUCAAUUAGCCGAAGAUGAAUAUCUUCGUUCAUAUCCAAAACGAUCAGCAACAAAUUCAUCAGCAAGAACGGCUCAAUUAUUGAUUAAUGACAGUAGCAACUAA